AUGGCUUCCUUCCUAUCACGAUGCCGACCUCGCAGCCUUGCGCGUCCCCCACUGAUGGGCGUACAGCUCACUCAACACCUUCGAGCCUUCCACAUCUUCCGCGAUGUCCCGCCGCUUCGCCAGCACCGUCGAGAGCUGCUUCUCAAAGGGGAGCCCGUAGGACUUGUGCCUACUAUGGGUGCCUUACACAAAGGGCAUCUCUCUUUGGUGAGAGCGGCAGCAGAAGAGAACGGCAAGGUCUUCGUCUCCAUAUAUGUCAACCCAACCCAAUUUGGCGUGGACGAAGAUCUAGACUCAUACCCAAAGACGUGGGACAGCGACCUGGCAAUGUUGGAAGAGCUGGACACGGAGCUCGAGAAAGCGGGAAAAGGUCGUAUCGACGCCAUAUUCGCACCCACAACGAAAACAGUGUACCCAACGCUGCCUCCCGACAGUCGCGUGGACGGCGUAGGCUCCUUCGUCACAAUCACACCGCUCGCAACACUGCUAGAGGGAAAGAGCCGGCCAGUCUUCUUCAGAGGCGUCGCAACAGUGUGCAUGAAGCUCUUCAAUAUCGUGCAAGCUGACAAUGUCUACUUUGGUCAAAAAGAUGUGCAGCAAACCGUCAUCAUCAAACGUCUAGUGAAAGACUUCCACCUGCCCACCACAGUCCGGAUCAUCCCCACAGAGCGAGAGGAGGACGGACUCGCAAUGUCAAGUCGGAACGUAUACCUCGGCGAGCGCAGAAGAAGAGCGGGUAUUGUGUUGAGCAAGGCAUUGGGGGCGGCAGAGAAGGCAUACAUGAUGGGAAGGAGGAACCGAGAUGAGAUCCUGGCAUUUUCGUGGGAUGUGGUGAAUCGUGCGCAGUUGGAGCAGGACACGCUGGAGAAGAACGAGAGGGCACUGUUUGAGGUGGACUAUAUCUCGUUGGCAGAUCCUGAGGGCUUGGAAGAGGUUGAAAUGGUUGACUCGGAUCAGGGCGCUGUGUUGAGUGGUGCUGUGAAGAUGCUGCCGCUUGAGGAAGUCAAGAAUGGUGAGAAGUUGGGUCUUGGGAGCGAUGAGGUACCUGUCAGACUGAUCGAUAAUAUUCCGUUACCACCUAUGAAGGCACCUUGA